CAACGGUCACACCUCGGAGGCUAUAAAAAGAGGUUGCUUUGCUCUCUUUGUUCUCAGAAUCAAAUCACUCUUCUUCUUCAUCUUAAACUGUAACACAAAACACAGAGAGAGACAUAUAGCAGAAUCCAAAGUUUCGAAAUUUUCGAUCAGAUCAUAUUCUCUAAUUCUCAAACGCAGUUUUAAGACAAUUCUCCGAAAGGUUCCAUUUUUUUUUUCCGAAGUCUCUGUUUUUUUUUUUGGGGAAUAAACUUAAAAACAAUGAAGAGGCUCCGAGGUUUCAAGAUCGGACACAGAUUCGUCAAGAUCUUCAAAUGGAUAAUCCGAAGUAGAAGAAACAAAACCGGGAAACGCCAAUGCCUAACCGGAAUUCUCAACCCGGUUACAAAAAUUUACUCUUUAGCACGGCGGUGUCUCCGUCGUGGAGCUAAUAGACUGUGCGGAGGAGGAAUGAAACCGGGUCGGACUCGGUUAGGUGACGAGCAGAAGACGCCGGCAGUUCCUAAAGGACAUUUAGUGGUUCACGUUGGGGAAUCCGGCGACGAUACGCGGCGUGUGGUGGUUCCGGUUAUUUACUUUAACCAUCCUCUGUUCGGAGAGUUGCUGGAGCAGGCGGAGCUUGUAUACGGGUUUGAUCAACCGGGUCGGAUUAUGAUACCUUGUCGUGUAUCGGAUUUUGAAAAGGUUCAGAUGAGGAUCGCCGCAUGGGAUCACUCCCGACGGAAGAGAAGUUUUAAGAUUCUCUAAUUUUCACCUCUUUUAUUUUUACCGUUUUAGCUUCUUUUUUUUUUUUUUUUUACCAAAGAGUCAAAUGUCAAGUUUGUGUGAAUAUCAAGUUGAUAGGUUAUACGACCCAUACAAACACAGAUUUGUAAUGAGAUAAUAAUUUUUAUUUUAUCAGUUUGUCGUAUUCAGUAUAAUCUAGAUUUAUGUUAUUUGUUGUUUUGUUUAUUUCAUACAAGUGAUUUGUAUGGUACAUAUA